GGGGAAGGGCGGGCGGGGGCGCGGGCGCGCGGGCGCGCGGCCCUGCCCCCGGCGGCCAUGGCCCUUCCCGGCAUUCCCUAUGAGCGGCGGCUGCUCAUCAUGGCGGACCCGAGAGACAAGGCGCUGCAGGAUUACCGCAAGAAGCUGCUGGAGCACAAGGAGAUCGACGGUCGCCUCAAAGAGCUAAGGGAGCAGCUGAAAGAGCUAACCAAGCAAUAUGAAAAAUCAGAAAAUGAUCUCAAGGCCUUGCAGAGUGUCGGGCAGAUUGUUGGCGAGGUUCUUAAACAACUAACAGAAGAGAAAUUCAUUGUGAAGGCUACAAAUGGACCAAGAUAUGUGGUUGGCUGUCGCCGUCAGCUUGACAAAAGUAAGCUGAAGCCGGGGACAAGAGUUGCUCUGGAUAUGACCACUCUGACUAUUAUGAGAUAUUUGCCAAGGGAAGUGGAUCCAUUGGUUUAUAAUAUGUCUCAUGAAGAUCCGGGGGAUGUUUCAUAUUCUGAGAUUGGAGGGUUGUCAGAACAAAUCAGAGAGCUGCGAGAGGUAAUAGAAUUGCCACUAACAAACCCAGAAUUAUUCCAGCGUGUGGGAAUUAUACCUCCAAAAGGCUGCUUGCUCUACGGCCCCCCUGGUACAGGGAAAACUCUUCUGGCCAGAGCUGUUGCUAGCCAACUUGAUUGCAACUUCCUAAAGGUGGUGUCGAGUUCAAUAGUGGACAAGUACAUUGGUGAAAGUGCUCGACUGAUCAGAGAGAUGUUCAAUUAUGCCAGAGAUCAUCAGCCGUGUAUCAUUUUCAUGGAUGAGAUAGAUGCUAUUGGUGGUCGCCGUUUUUCUGAAGGCACCUCAGCUGAUAGAGAAAUCCAGAGGACUCUGAUGGAGUUAUUGAAUCAGAUGGAUGGAUUCGAUACUCUGCACCGAGUUAAAAUGAUCAUGGCUACUAACAGACCAGACACUCUGGAUCCUGCACUUCUGCGGCCUGGAAGACUGGAUAGAAAAAUCCAUAUUGAUCUACCAAAUGAACAAGCCAGAUUAGAUAUUUUGAAGAUUCAUGCAGGUCCUAUCACUAAACAUGGUGAAAUAGAUUAUGAAGCAAUUGUGAAGCUUUCAGAUGGCUUUAAUGGAGCAGACUUGAGAAAUGUCUGUACUGAAGCAGGUAUGUUUGCGAUCCGUGCCGAUCAUGACUUUGUAGUUCAGGAAGACUUCAUGAAAGCUGUUAGAAAAGUGGCUGAUUCUAAGAAGCUGGAGUCCAAGCUUGACUACAAGCCUGUUUAAGUUAACCGUCUCUGAUUUGUGAUUGACUGCACAGGUCUUACUGGGUUACUGUAAAAGAGAAAUAAUGUACCUCUUGAUUAUUAUUGUAAGGUGUUUGUGUAACAUGUAGCUAGUAAUUUGGUAACACUAGUUGCAAGUUGGCUACAGAAAUGUGUUUUCUGUACAAUUCUGAAAUACAAUAUUCAUUACAACCCAGGUUAAGUAAAAUGUGUGGAGAUGUGUUCUCUUAAAAAUUAUGGUGUGAAUUUAUAAGUGUGCCUGAAUGGUUUAGCAGACUUUAAGAAAGUCAAUUUGUUUCUUGACUUUUUUUAUAUCAGUAAAUUUCCUUUCCCCAAACAGUUUAUGAAUAAAACUUGUUUAAAUCUGCUUA